AUGGUAAUUUUAAUUUGAAUAAAUUAAAAAAUAAUAAUAAAAAAUGAAAAAGCCCAUGGGAAGAUAUCAGAUUAAAAAUGUGAUUCACGAGGGAAAAAAAUGGCAAUCACUGUAUCCUCAAUAAAAAGCCUAAACUUAAUAUAUAAAGAUAAAUGUAUAAUCUUAUUUAUACAACAUUCAGAUACUUUAGGAUAUUUCAAACUUUGACAUUUUUUAUUUUAUCUUUAAGUGAUUAGAUUAGAUAUUUGUAUUUCAUUGAGAUUAAUUUUAGUUGUCAUCUGCUUAUAUCCUUUAUCACAUUGGCAGUUUGUAUUUGAGUAGGAUUCUAGUUACUAUACCGUUCAAAAGAAAAAAAAGGAUUCUAGUUACUAUUGAUUAUAAAUAUACUACAGACUUUCACUGAGAGUUCAGGUUCUUAAUUCUUUUCUAGAGUUUAAUCAAUUUCGGCUUCUUCCACACAUUCUUCUUUUAUUUCCUGUGUUCUUCGGCAUCCUCAUUAUUGUGUCAAAAUUGCAAUAUGGAUCCUACAUUUGCUGUUACCCUCUCUGAAGAACAGUUCCAUCAAUUUUAUAGAAUGCACAGAGAGCUGUUUAAAUAUCUUGUGAUUGGCCUUUCACGAGACCCAAAAGAGUCAAUGCGAGUUCUCGCCUUAUGGCUCUGGCUAGAGCGCAGGGGAUAUUCUAAUGUGAUCGGCAAGAUAUAUUCUUCAAUAUCCCACGUUUCAAUCAAUGGACUUGCAGAUGAGGCCGUUACAUGCCUUAACUGUAUUAAUACAAGCUUAACAGAUUUAUCAUUUGAUGACGAUGAUGAUCUUCCUCUUAUGCAUAAGAUAAUUGAUAAGAAUAUCUCUCUCAAAAUCUUGUAUGGAAAUAAGGUUUGGGCAACUCAAGGGGUGGCCAAAGUGUUGAAGGAAGUGUGUGAAAGAGCAUUUGGUGACAUCAUACAAGAAGUUAAUAAACGAGUUUUAGGUGAGUGCGAUCUGGAAAGCCAACAAGUGCAGGGAAUAACAAGUUCAAAGGAUCUUGAAGGUGACAAAUCUAAUGUUGCAAUUUCUUCCAAUAUGAAGCUCGAUGAAGUCAAUGACAUUUUCAGAAAUCUUCUGAUGACGUGGGAGCCAUGUGGAGCUUGUUGAAGUUGAAGAUAUCAUCUGGAAUCCAACAACCAAGCAACUCCUACCAAAUAUCACGACUCUUGACCACAUUGACGUUUUCAAUUUUUAUUUGAUCAAAGAGAGACUUUGAUAUUGAAUUAUUUUAAUUUCUUCAAUUUUUUUAUGAAUAAUUUUAGUUUGAAUUCUGAAUUAUCUUUUAUUAAUAUUAA